UUGAAAGAUAUCGUUCAUUAUCCAAUCCAGAGAAUGAUAUCAAAAUUUCAACAUUUAAAUUUUAUCGAUAUUUUUCAAAUGAUAAUUAAUCUUAAAAAUUUUUCAACAUUGAAUAAUAAUUGUAUAAAAUCUUCAUCAUCAACAUCUGGAAAUAUUUCAACAAUAUCGACAGAAGAAGAUAAAAUGAUUAGAUUAACAUCGACAACAACAAAUCCUAAGAAUAACAAUAAUAAUAAUAAAUAUAAUAAGAUUAAAACACCGAUGACAACAUGGUCAUUAAUGAUGGCAACAUUUUAUUUUUUAUUAUUAUUUUCUUGUACAACAUCGACAAUAUUUUGGAGUUUUGCACAUGCAAAACCAUACGCAGCAAUGGAAUUUUAUCGUCCAUAUGAUCAUCGUAGUGCAAUGAAUACAUUGAAAGAAUUGGAUAAAUAUUAUUCACAAAUGGCACGACCAAGAUUCGGUAAACGUGCUAGUAACAACAACAACAACUUUGGUGAUGAUAAUAGUGCUGUAGAUUUACAAUCACAACCGCAACAACAACAACAACUACAAUCAAGUGGUGAAAUAAUCGAAAAUGGACCAUAUCGUUGGCUAUUGAUUAAUCGUGAUCAACCAUUAACUAAAUUGACUGAGAGUUAUUUAUUGGAAAUUUUAGCUGAAAAUCUUGCCCGACAAACCGAUUUAAAACGACGUAAUGAAUCGAAACGAUCACAACAACAACAACCAGAACAACCACAGCAGCCAUCGUCACAGGAAAAAUUUUAAUCAGUAAAAUAUAAAUCAAUCGAUGAUGAUGCAAGAAAGCAACUCUAAUUUUUAGAAAAAUCAAAUGAUCAUCAUCAAAGAAUCAUCGAAACAAAGUGAAAAUAAUCUUGUUUCAAUCCGAAUUUUUUCUUCUCACAAAAAUUUCAUCCUUUGGCUACAUUAUUGAAUUUUUUUUUCCUGUUGCACCUUCACUAAGAAUUUUAUCAUCAUCAUCAUCA